AUGAGUAAUGCAUAAUUUGCAUAAAAAUUAUUGAGAUAUGAAGGCAGACUUUAUUCCUAGAAUUUAGAAAUGCAAAUAUAAACAUUACAAGAAGUCAAAUAAGAAUUAGAUGGAAAAUUUAAUCAUCAAAGUCUAUUGAAUAUGUUAGCCAAAUAUUUCUCAUAUACUAGCAGUUUGGUUUAAAGAAUUAAAAUCAUUGAAAUCAUUUAAUAGAAAUUUCCUAUUCUUGUCAAUAAUGUAUAAGAUUGGAAAUAAAUUGUUGAAUUUCUCUAAUAAGAAUGUUUUAGCAGUAAUUAUCAAGUAAAUAUAUUUUUGGAUUUUUAAGUUUAGAAUGUUAUCACUUCAUGCAUUAAAUUCAAUAGUCCCAGUCUUAAAAGAACAUUAUAAUACUUUUCAUAUAGGAAUAUUCGAUAUUUUUAUCAAUUCAAGUUAUUAGAAAGAAUUAUAUAUUGCAAGCCUUACAUUAUUAAAUACAGUAAGGUUGAAUCAUUCAUAUUCAUUUAUGAAUAAAAUAUCUUAACUUCCUGAAAUUAAAUAAUUUAAAACUAAGAAAUUGACAGUCCUUUUAAAAUGCACUUUAAUAGCAAAAGCCUAAUUUUGUAAUAUAUUUACAUUCUAUUAAAAUAGGUUUAUUUGAAUAACCCAUUUCUGAUUUAUUAGCUAUUGUAAGACAACAAAUAUAAUAAGUUCCUAUGUCAAAAGAAGUUCUGCAUUUAUUUUACAAUUAUUUAAAAAUAGCUUCACAUUUUAAAGACUAAGAAUCAUUCAUUCUAAAAACUUUAUCUUCUGAAGAUACUAUAAAUUGUAUUGGAUAAUGCUCAGAAAAAAUAUAAGAAUUGUUUAGAUUGAGUUACAAACACUAUAAAUUGGAAUUAAAGAUUAAUUAUUUAAACUACGGUGACUAAUACUCUAAAAAGAAUAUAAUAGAGUCUUUAUUAUAAUAUGAUAAUUUAAAAAAUUACACUUUAAGUUUAACAACAGAAGAUUUGUGUUUUUUCCUUGAUUUACUUUUUUAUUCAUAUGAUUUCGCAUGUAAUGAAAUUGUCAUAACUGUAAGUGUUUAAACUGAAUAAAAAUUAAUUCAAGUUUUAAUCAAAUUAGAUCAUUUAAUAGGAUAAUUAUUUGAAAAAUAAAUUAGCUUAAGUAAAAAGCCUUUUUCUUCAUCUCAAAAAUGUUUGAAUAAAUUAUUAUUGCUAUCUGUCUAAUUACUUUCUGCUUAUAUUACAUUUAUUGAAUCCAAAGACAGCAAUCAUAGCCUUAACUAUAUUCUUAGUUUACUUAUAUAAAAUCAGAACACUUAUUUGAUGUUAUAGUCUAUAAAGCUUCUAUAUUCUAUUAAUUAAGUUGAAAAGGCAAUGAAUAUUGCUGCUUAAAUAUAAAAUGCUAAACCAUAUACAUAAGUAUUUUUGAGUUAUCUUUAAUCUUUAUAAAAUUAUGAAGAAUUUACUUAUUGGAAUAAUUUUUAAAUUAAUUCAACGUAACAUUUAAUUAGACAAGAAAUUUAUGAUUAUUAUUAAGAAUUUGAUUAAUGUUUGAAAGAGAUUUAAGAAAUUGAUAUUGAUCAAACCAAUGCUAUGCAACUAUUUUAAAAAAUUACAAAUCUUCUUAAUAAAACUACUAUUUUAAGUGCAAAAAUUGAGUUUUUCACUAAUAGAGCAUAUGCAGAAGAUGCUACUUUCUUUUAAUUCAUCAUUUUAGAUAAAAUAAAUUUAUGUUUGCAAAGGAAUUAUCUUGAUUUAGAGAUUGAAUCUUUAAACUACGAAAAUUCUAAUCUGAUCAUACAAAAAUUAAUUGAAUACAAUAAAAGCUUUUUUAUAAAAAAGUUUUUACCAAAUUUAAGAAGAGAUAAACUUAGAGAUUUUAUCAAAUAAAUGAGAAAUUCUAUUUACAAUUAUCCAAAAAUUCUAUUGCAAUUAAUACAAACACCUAAUUUGGAAAUAGAAUGUAUUCAAGUAAAAUAAUAAGGAUCACAUACAUUCUUAAGAUUUUAGGCGCAAUUAAUUUCAAAAGAGAAAAAAACAAACUGCCAAUUAUUUUUAAAUUAUUCAAUAAAUAACUAUGAAGAAAUCUAAGUUGAAAUGACAAUGAAAGAAUAGCAAGGUAAAAAUAUUUUAAUUUAAAUUAGCAAUUUUGAAUGUUGUUGUUGAAGGUAAUUCAACUAUAUCAUAUUAUUUAAUCUGCUAGUAUUAAGGUAUUUUAGUCUUACAAACAGGAGCUUAAUGUAUGUCGAUUGUUUGUAUAUAAAAUUGA